GCGGCAGUGGAAAAUUGUUUGCUUUUGGUGCACCAACUGUGUUUGGUGUAUUUGUAAUUCAAUAAUAUGGAUUUAAGUAGAUACUUUUACUUUAGUUACAUUUUGAAUGUCAUCAUUAAUAAUAUAAGAUGAAAUGGUCACCUAUCAGUAAAAAUAUUUUAAAAUACUAAAUAUAAAUUAUUUACUGGUCUAUUAUUAGAUUUUGUAAAUAGCAAGUGCUCGAAUUAUUACAUUAAUACAUGCAUUAUGUUCUCAAGUAGAUACAAGCAACCAAAAUCGCUUGAAAGUCUAGCCCUGAUUCGGCUGGGAAACUGGAUAGCUCAGCAGGCAGAAGCACAAAUGACACCAACAACAUUACUCGCCCAACAAAAUCCAAAUCAAGCCCAAAUCGCCCUAGCACGUAGAGUUGAUAGCAUCAGACAAUAUUUAGACUUCCACGUACCUUGGAUGCUUCAUGACCUUUUUGCAAAUGAAGCUAUCAAGUCACUCUCAGAAUUAUUAGAGAAAACAAAAAAUGCUAUGGGUUUUAGGGGCUCGAUGAGUAAAUUUGUUAGUCAAAUGAACGUAAUUGUUAAAAUGACAGAAGCAUUGUUCACAAAAAAUUUCACAUAUGUUUCUAUAGAUGCGAUCCCGAAAAUGAUGCGAUCAGUUUUCUAUUCAAAACUAUUUAUGCUUACUGGAUUAGAAUAUUUGAAUUUAGGUUCACUUUCUGGGGGGUGGAAAACAGCCGACAUGGAGGAGUCUAUUAUAAAAUCACUAAAGGAACUACAUUCGCUCAAGUAUCUUUUCAUAAAUUACGACUGUACAGACAAAAUUUUAAAAUGCAUUGUUGAAAAUUGUAAAAAUUUAUUAAAAUUAGAUGUUUCGUGUUCUAAAUGUAUAACGAAUGAGAGUAUUAGUAUACUAUGCAAAUUAAAAAGAUUAAAGAGUAUACAAUUGUAUCACACUUUUGUUACAUGGGAAGGUUUCGUUAACCUUCUUAUAAAUUGCAGAAGCUUAGAGGACAUAGGUAGAUGCGACGAGAUUGGAAGAGUAUUGGAAUUCAUUCAUUUAAAUUGUCCAGAAGCACUACCCUUAAGACUUAAAAUAUUUGUUAGUCGAUAUGCUAAUAGCAAGCAUUUAGAACUAGCAGUAGAAUCAUGUCCAGAAAUUCGUAACAUGACAGUAUUUCACAAUACUUUACAAAGUGACUUGAUUGUACUCAUAGGAUUAAAAAGUUUGUGUGAAUUAAAAUUGUUAUCGUGUGACUUUUACGCUGAUCAAAUAAAGCAAGUGCUGCAAGUAAAGGGUUGUAACUUAUCAUAUCUACAUCUUGAGCACGUUGAUCAAAUUGACUUAAAUGCCCUAAUGUACAUAAGUCAAAUGUGUCCCCUUUUGCAAGUACUAACGUUUUAUAAUUGUUCGCUUAUACAGCAUACCUCAUUGUACACAAAAAAAUUAGAAAUUUUACCAUUUAGAAACUUGAAAAAAUUAACAUGCGUCUCCGCGUUUACAGACGAACAGUUAACAUUUUUGUUAUCAAAUUGUCUCAAUAUAGAAUUUAUCCAAAUUGGCACUGCUAUUCAAUUAACAGAUGAAUUUGUGGUUAAAAUAUUAGAAAAAAAUCCACUUAUUUAUCUGAGAGAACUACGCAUCAUGCAGUCCGACUUUUUAACCAUUGCUUCUAUUGAAAGAAUUAUACAAAGUUGUAUGAGCUUGGAAAUUUUGGUUGAAUUGGAAAGUUGGUCCAUGUUAUCAGAUAGUGACCGUGAUUAUAUUAAGAAUUAUAUUAAAAUAAACAAUUUCAAUAUUGAUACAUCUCCUAUACGAAGAUAUGACAGCUAGAGAUUUUGGAACGAAGUUCCAAAGCGCGCGUUGCGAAAGGGGACUAGACGGAAUUAAGACCAAAAGUUGUAACAAUACUUUGUGCUAGUUAGCCGUUCAGCGUACUAGUGUUUCAACUUUCUUUGACAUACAUUGUAUGAUGUAUCUCUGUCUCUCAUAGAACAUCGUACAGCUGUUGUAGUAACAACUUGAUUCAAACUUAAUGGCGGUUCGGAAGUUAGCUGCGAAUGCACGAGCGCGCAGGUAUUCGACCCGAUCCGGUACAUAAUAUUAUCUAACCGUCCGCGUCGCUUCACACGAGCCGCGGGCCACAGCCACAAACGCCGCCACGAGACGCAGCUACAACGGCGUCAACCGUGUGCGGCGAGACCAUAUAAACUGUAUGAAAAAAAAUGCUGGUGGCGGCAUUUUGUAGCUGGAGGCCGGUGGCCCGUGUGCGGUAGCCCUAAAAUUGUUUUCU